AGCGUCGCACUGAACAAGAUGGAAGGUAUUGUAAAACGAUCCAGGUAGUGAAAAUGCUACUUUAAAACAUUUCUCUCGACUUGUACACAACUUUAGAGUGUCAAACGACUUUGUUGAAGCACAACUAGAAUCAUGUACAAUAAUAUCGGGCUUGCAACGGCCCGUGGUUCAGGAACGAACGGUUAUGUGCAGAGAAACUUAUCGGCUGUACGUUCGAGAAAGGAAAAAGUUGACUACAUCAAUGAAGAAGCACUUAAUAAAAUGGAGCAAACAUACGCCAGAAAACCAAAUAAAGAAAUCCUGGAACACCAGAGGAAAAGAGAAAUUGAACUUAAAUGUUUGGAAUUGCAAGACAUAAUGGAAGAGCAAGGGUACAAUGAUGAUGAGAUUGAAGCAAAAGUGUCUCAACUCAGAGCAACAUUAAGUUCUGCUUUUGAAGAAAAAACAAAGAAAAAUUUGAAAGAAACUCAUCAAAUGGCAGAAGCAGCCGAAGAAAAGAACAAUAAAAUGAAAGAUGCUCUAGGGAUCAAACAAGACUACAAAGAUGGAUCGUCAUUCAAUCAGGAACUUCAGGCAGCACAAAAAGCUGUAGAACUACAAGAAAAACAGGAAAGGUUGCAAAAAGAGCUAGAAGAUGAAAGAGAGAACGAAAAAGAAAAAAGAUUGAAAGAAAAGAAAACUGAAAAGAAAAAGAAGAGAAAACACUCCCCAACACCUCAGUCAAGCUCUGAUGAUGACAGCUCUGAAUCAGAAGACGACUCUCCCCCAAGAUCACGUCGUAAACGAAAAAGGCACAGGAAAACAUCACGAAGAAGGUCAUCCUCGUCAGAAAGUCCCAAGUCUAGCAAACAUAAAAAGGACAAAGAAAGAAAGAAAAAGAGAGACAAGAGAUCACCCUCUGAAAGCCCAGAGAGAAAACCCAGAAAGAAGCAUAAAGAUGAUAAUAGAAAGAAAAGAUCAAGAAGGGACAAGAGUGAAAGCUUUGAAAGAAAGUCCAAGCACAAGAAGAAAACCAGAAAACAAUCUGAGAGUGCAAGUCCUAGUCCCCCAAGAAAAAGCAGCAUACAGCAAAAAUUGCAAAGGUUAGCUGGUGAUGAAAGUACUGAGUAUAAUAACAAAAAUAAGCAGCGACACAAGGAUAGUGAGAAGGAAAAGAAAUCAUGGAAGCAACAAUCCCCAAGCUCAAGUGAAGAUGAAAAAUCUCUUAGAGAAGCAAGAGGAAGAAGAACAUCUGCAGAGAAACCUAAGUUGUCAUCUCGUCACAAUAACAGAGGACAGGACUCUGAUAGUGAGCCCACAAGGGCUCUUGAAAUAGAAAAGAGAAGAAACCACUCUAAGGACAAAAUAGAGGGAAGAAGAAGAUCAAGUUCCUAUUCCGGAGAGGAUAACAUUGAAAGAGGUCGUAAUAGAUCAUUUUCACCAGAACAGUCCAAAAGAAUGCAACCAAGGCAUCAAGAGAAACCUACUGGAAGACGACGCGAAUCUGAAGAACAAAGAUCAAAACCACAGUCAAGAGAUUUUCCACUAUCACCUCUAAGAAGGAAUCGUUCAAGAUCUCCAAGUCCUCCAAGAAGGAGGGUGUCAAGAUCACCAGGACCACGAAGAAGAAAGUUUUCAACAUCUCCCAGUCCUCCAAAAUUUAAGUUGUCAAGAUCCCCAGUUCCUCAAAGAAGAAAGCUUUCUAAAUCCCCAUUACCUCCAAGAAAGAAUCUUUCAAGAUCUUCAAGCCCAAGGCGAAAGCUUUCCAGUUCCCCAAGCCCCCCAAGGAGAAAAGUGGUAAGAUCCCCAAGCCCCCCUAGAAGAAGGAUAUCAAAGUCUCCAAGCACUUCAAGAAAACUGGCAAGACCAGCAAGCCCACCAAGAAGAAAAGUGUCAAUGUCUCCAAGUUCAUCAAGAAGAAAACAUUCAAGAUCCCCAAGUCCUUCAAGACGACAACUAGCAAGAUCUCCAAGCCCUUCAAGACGAAAACUAGCAAGAUCUCCAAGCCCUUCAAGACGAAAACUAGCAAGAUCCCCAAGCCCUUCAAGACGAAAACUAGCAAGAUCUCCAAGCCCUUCAAGACGAAAACUAGCAAGAUCCCCAAGCCCUUCAAGACGAAAACUAGCAAGAUCUCCAAGCCCUUCAAGACGAAAACUAGCAAGAUCCCCAAGCCCUUCAAGACGAAAACUAGCAAGAUCUCCAAGCCCUUCAAGACGAAAACUAGCAAGAUCCCCAAGCCCUUCAAGACGAAAACUAGCAAGAUCUCCAAGCCCUUCAAGACGAAAACUAGCAAGAUCCUCAAGUCCCUCAAGAAAUAAGCUUUCAAGAUCCCCAAUCUCUCAAUCUCCUAUUCCACCAAGAAGGUAUCAAGGAAACCAUGAUAGAUACCAAAGCCCUCCAAGACAGGUUAAGUCAAGAGAUAGUAAUUCGCGAUCUCCUAGAGUGCCAAGAAGGCAACCGGCAUCUAUUUCUCCCCAAAGGCAGUCUCGAUCUCCUCAAAACAAUGCAAGAUCUAGAAGACGGGAGUCUCCAAUAUCACCAAACCAUUUGCAAGAUAGAAAUGACUCCCAAAGGCGAAGGGGCCAACAAAGAUCUCCAGACCAUUUUGAUCAUUUUAGAUCUGGCCAUAGUCCACCAAGAAAGACACAGGCUGAUGAGCUGAACAGAUUGGAGAUGAACAGGCAACCAAAAGGCUCACAAUCACCUGAAAAAGCUCUUUCUCCCAAGACAAAACAAUCCAUUGAAAGGUCAAGUAGAAGCCCUCAUAGAACUAGACCCAUUGCCUCUACUAUUUCAAAGAAACCUGCCGUAGAAAAGAAAGAAGACACCAAACCCACAAAGCCUGAUUCAGAUUCAGAUUCUUCAUCUGAAAGCUCAGAGGAGUCAAACUCAUCAUCGGAUUCAGAUUCAAGCAGCUCAGAUGAAAGUGAUACCAAUCAAAAGAAAUCAGUUCCUUCAAAACCAGACAGUAGAAACACCACAUCCAAAGAAACAAAAAAGAGAUUGUCCCCUCAAGGGAAAAACACUUCAUAUUCACAAAGCCAAAGCUUGUCAAGACAAAGCCAUCUUUCACCAAAGCAACAAACAAAAGGUUCUCCUCAAAGAAACUACCCAAGAAGACCAAGAAGCUCAAGUUUGAGCCCAUCAAGAAGACGAAGCAGUCCUGGGUGGAACAGAAAUCAGAGAAGAAACUCAGAUCAAUUCAAGAGGAGCCCUUCACCUUCCUACCAUCGUCAACGUCGUUCACCAUCUCCAAAAACCAACAGGAGGAGACUGCCUUCACAACAGUGGAGACAAAAUAGACAACGGAGUCCUGAACAACAAUAUUCACCACAAAGGACUUACAAUAGAAGGUCUCGCAGUCCAAGAAGAAGUAGAAGUCCCAUUCAAAGAUACUCUCAAAGCCCUUCUAGGCAUCAUUCCUUUCCAAGAAGGCAGAGUUCUGAAAGACAAAGAGAACCAUCAGCUAGUCAAGUAAGACCUCCCAAUGUGUCAUCAAGACAAAAGGAUGGUGCAAAAGAUGAAACUCAUCUUCCAAAUCAAAGGUCAGGAGAGGAAAAAAAGAAUGAAAGUGGAUCUCCCAAGAACAAAAAAAAUAAGGAUAGCGAUAGCAGUAGUGAAGCAAGUGACAGUAGCAGUGACAGUAGUGCUUCAACUAGCAGUGAUGAUUCAAGUGAUGAUUCUAGUAGUGAAAGCAGUAGUGAUAGCGAUAGCCCAAAGAGAUGAUUUCAUUGUGUGAAUCAUUUUGAAGACUAGGAAUAUCUAUACUAAUCCUAUACUAUGGGUGUACACUAUAAUAUUACUCUUGUUUGCAUUAUUUCAUUUUGAUUGAAUGACCUUUUUUUAAUAUGUAGUAGGAAUUAAAUUUUCAGCAGUUUUUUGCAUGAUGGAUCUAUUCACAAGCUCUAGACACUCAAUGGAGGACUUGGACAAUAGGAAAUCCAUUAUCACAGCUGGAAAGUUUAGGAGAACUGCUGUAAAAAUUACCAAACUGUGGACGGAAAACACUGCUCUCAACACCCCUUUUUUCAUUAAAUUCCUGAAAAUGUUUUGACACAAUAGUUAUCUACAGAAUAUUUUUUUGUCACAAAUAUUUGAGCAUAAGAUUUUCCAAAGUUACUCCCUCCUGAACAGUAUUGAAACACUUUUAUUCAGUACUUUCUUUUGUUGGUUUUUUGACAAGUGAAUAUUUUCUCUAUUCAGCAGUUCUUAUAGGAUUCUUAUAGGAUUCAGUGGUUCUUAUAGGAUAACUUAAUUUUUUGGUGCUAAUGUGUACAUGUAUAAAGAGCAAAGAUUCUAAGGGUAUAGCUCUGAAUUCCAAGAAAUGUAAUGUAAGUCAUCCUUUGAGUCUCAGUGGUAUAGACCAUAUCUGGGAUGUUCAAUAUUUUGUCAGCAUUAAUUUUUACUAUACAGAGUGUACACCAUUAACUGUCUUUGUGUUGCUGGUCUAAUUUCUUGAGUGAUCUUUUAGUUGACAACUACAUAGUGAAUAUGUAAAGUAGGCACACUUAAUCAGCAUGAAAUGAGCAUUAAAAAAACAACAAAGGAAUUACUAUAAUCAACUUUCAUGAAUUAAGGUCAUGUACUCUUCUUCUAUGUGCUAAAAUGUUGCGCAGUUUGUUCAUGGAUAAAUAAAAUGGCUUGCACUCUGUAAUAUUACCUGCUUAGGGUUACAGUAGUUUAGUAUUAUUUUGUUUUGUGAUUGGGUUUAGUGCCCUUUCUUUCACAGCACCAACAAGGAAAUCGAAAGUUAGCAUGUUUUGUAGAAUAUAAUCAAGCCAUCAUGUAUUGUACUUUUAGCUGUCUUAUUAAUAAAACACUUUUAUAAGCACUC